UCAUAAAAGAAGUUGAAAUAACAAAAAAAAGGAAAGGUUAAACAUUGAAUUAUCACUAGGGUUUUAAAAGGGGAACAUGAUCGAAUCACGAAGAAUCUCCAAAACGGAAUAAGAAAUGGGAAAUUGGAGGAAAUAGGUUUGCAAUUAAAGAACAAAAGUGGAUUCCUUGGAAGCAAAACAGAAUGGAGGAGGAACAGAGGGUUGCACAAGUGGAAUUGGCGAAGCAGAGGUGCAAGUGCGUCAUUGAUGCCAUUAACAGUUUACCUUGUUCCACCAACAUCACUGUCUCGUGCAGGCGAACCCUCCUCAAGUUGGCACGUGCCGAGCUCGCUUUCCUCUCUCGCCGCUCUUCUUCUUCCGUGCCCCUCAGUGUCAACAUCGGGCACCUCGAAACAGUUGUACAUAUUCUCCAGCAACCCUUUGUAACUGGAGUUUCUCGAGUUUGCAAGCCAAUCCCUCUCUCACCUUCAGUUAGCAGUGAGGAGAGGCGCCAUUCUCCUCUUAAUAACAUCCAUGUUGAUGUGGUUUGUACCCUCAACAAGAAGCCUGUCUGGAUUAUAGUAUCUGACAGAAAUCCAGAGUACAUUUCUUGGGAUCGAUGCCAUAAAAGUAAGGGUUUAAAGCUACGUAUUGAAGAAGUCCUUGCUGCUGCCCAGUCUAACUUAACAUUAAGACCUUCCUCAGUUAUUCUUUUCUUUGCCAAUGGGCUUCCAACCCAGAUUUACAAUAAACUUCGAGAUGAGUUUGGGGGAUCUGAAAUUUGGUUGGAUUUCUCUGUUUUCAGUUCUGACAUGUUGGAAGAAACUGAAGGUGACUGGAUAAAUGUUAUUGCAAGAUCUUACAGAAAUGCAUGUGUCCUUGAAAUCAACCCCGCUGAUGGCAAGGAUGUUGAGGGUACAAAGUCUGGAUGUAGUGUUCAAGGUUCAACUGUGGACUCUUCCCAACUAGAGCCUUCAGUAGGAAAAGCUGAAACUCAGCCACAACUAGGGGAAGAAAAUGCUAGAAGUGGGGACUCCUUUCAUCUUGAGCUUUCAGUAGAUGAGGCCGAAACUCAAGCACAGCCUACUGAAGAGAAUGCCAGAAUAAACUUGGGGGUUAUGUUCUGUUCCAUUCUUAUGGGAAUGAAACUAAGUUCAAUGGAGAGUAAAGCUUGUGAAUCUUCUAAUCCUGGGAAUCUUUUAGGUGAGACUGAUCUGGUAAAUUUUGAUACAACAGCUUUGAUAGCUCUUGUAUCAGGAAUUAGUAAUGGUGGAACAGAGAAACUUUUGGCCACUCCAGAGAGUGGAAUGAGGCAGCGGUUUAAGGGAAACUACGAUUUUGUGAUUGGUCAAAUAAUGUCUGAAAUUCAAAACCCAAUCCAUAUGGAAUUUGAUAGAAUCCUACGUGGGAAGAAUGGCCUAAUUUGUGAGAGUGUUCUUAUGGAAUUUAAGGAGUUAGUAUCAAUGUGUGGAGGGCCCAAUGAGAAACUGAGAGCUGACUGGUUAAUAAAUUGUCUCAGGGUUGUUCCUGAUACUCCCUCAGAACGCAUGAUGGGCCUCCCAUCAACUAGGAAGCUGGCAUUGAAAAACAAGGUUGUCUUUGGCACUGGUGACCAUUGGCAUGCCCCAACUUUAACGGCAAAUAUGGCAUUUGUUAGAGCUGUUUCACAGACGGGAAUGUCCCUUUCUACCAUCGAACAUAGACCAAGGGCCUUAACUGGUGAUUAGUUACAUACAUUCAUGAAAACAAGUUGAGGCAUUCAAAAUCAGAUGGACUCUUCAUAUAUAAUCCAGGAUGCAACCAAGUGUAAUAGAAUUCCUCCUCUCAAAUCACUUAUCCUCAGGCUGUCAAUUAAAUAAUUGGGCUGAGUGUUCAACACAUGGCGCUUGCAAAUGCAGCCUUCUUGGGGGUGUUGAGUGUAUUGCUAGCAUAACAUGUAGUAAUGGAGGAUGGUACUGCACCUGCACUACCCUUUUCUGAUCUCGAGGAACCUGGAGCUACCAUUGAUAAUCUUUGGCGGCAGUGGUGCUUCCACCUUUACAGCGUGGAUCCGAAGUCUCUGAUGAUCUGCCAUGAAUACAGAGAGUGCUCUUACUAUCUCAUCUUUUGUGAUGGUUACACCCUUUGUGUUUUUGUUCAAGUGGCAAUAAUGUAAUGUCCCUGCUCUAAGUACAGAUUCUUUAAUUGACUUGUCAAGUGUGGAAAUAAUUUUUUGGGAGGUGGACUGAGUGAUCUCACAAAAGAUACUUUGGUGAGGUUACCUUCCUCAUUUAUGAAAACAUGAUAUUAAUAUUGAUGAGAGCUCCUUUUUAUUU